AUGGUUGGAAAUAUUUUGUUUGUGCUAGGUUUACUAGCAGUUUGUAUUUCAGAAUCACAAGCACGAGUCACAAACGUUUUUAAUGUGUUAAACUACGGCGCAAUCGCCGACGGAAAAACCGAUAACAAAGAGGCGUUUUUGAAAGCAUGGAGUGAUGCAUGCAAUUCGAAUGGAAAAGUCACCCUUUUGAUCCCAAAAGGAACGUAUAUGGUGAAACAAGUAAUUUUCAGUGGUCCAUGCAAAGGAUCGACAAAUUUCAAAAUUCAAGGGACCUUGAAGGCUCCAAUUGAUCCAUUUUUCGCCACUGAUAAAUGGAUUAAUUUUCAGUAUGUGAAUAAUUUGGUCGUAGGCGGACCUGGGACAUUGGAUGGUCAAGGAUCUUCUGCUUGGUCGGUAAAUGAUUGUAAAAACAACCCUAAUUGUCCCCGUCUUCCGAUUUCCAUGACAUUUGAUUUUGUCACAAAUGGUACCAUUCACCAUUUGAGAUCUUUUAAUAGCAAAGGAGCACAUUUUAAGUUGUUUGCUUGUGAAAACAUGAUUUUCACAAAAAUCAGAAUUUCCGCCCCGGGUGAUAGCCCAAACACAGAUGGAAUAAAAAUAGGCAAAUCAAACGGGAUAACUAUUAAAAGUGCGAGCAUCGGCACCGGUGAUGAUUGUAUUGCAAUGGUCUCUGGUACUAGGAAUGUUUGGAUCUCUGACGUUUUUUGUGGUCCUGGACAUGGAGUUAGUAUUGGAAGUCUUGGAAAGAAUGAUGGAGAAGAAGAUGUUGACAACAUAAAUGUGAAGAAUUGCACAUUUAGUGACACAACUAAUGGUCUUAGAAUUAAGACUUGGGCUUCUCCCCUCACUAAAAUUUUGAAGGCUUCUCAUAUUGUGUACGAAGAUAUUGUGAUGAAUAAUGUGGGUAAUCCUAUUCUUAUUGAUCAAGAGUAUUGUCCAAAUCGUGGUUGCAGCAAUAAGGUGCCAUCAAAUGUGCAAAUAAAUACUGUGUCUUACAAAAAUAUCAGAGGAAGUGUGAAUAGUGAACAUGCAAUGAACUUGAAAUGCAGUGAAAAAGAGCCAUGCCAAAAUAUCAUAGUGGAAAACAUUGAUUUGUGGCCUAAUGAUGGUAAAAGAAAACUAAACAACUGGUGUUCACAUGCUUAUGUCUCUUCUUUUGGAAAACAAAAUCCUCCAUCUUGCCUAUAG